AUGUGCGCCGAUAACACCAGCAAUCUUAUUGCGAAAAGUAAAAGUCAUUCUGUUAUUGCACCACCAGCGGGCGGCAUAGCCAUUGGCAUUGGCCCUCAAUUGCCACCACUUGGUAGCGGCGGUUUCGUCAAAUUACGGCAUGUAGACAACAGCGCACAAGAAGAACAACAGCAGCAGCAGCAACAAGGAGAACCACUUACCAACGCACAAAGCGCACAAAAUUCACAACAGCAACCAGAAGAACACCAGCUUCAAGCAGCUUCAGGCACAACAAAAGAAGGUGAGGCCGCGCAGGCGCGCAAUCCCACAGCUUUACCGACAUUCUUACAAGGCGGUCUCCGACGCAGUUUAACGCAGGUCAUGGGACCCGAUCAACGCACAAUAGCGGUUGGCUGCAAGGCAGGCUCGAUUGCAGAUCGGCUUGCGGCUUUGCAAAAGAGCGGCGAAGAUGAUUGGAGGAAAAGAAUCUCUAAACGCGACGAAGUUGAUGAAAUACGACGCGAGAAUCUCGUAAAU